GACUGGUAUAUGAGCAGCGCUCGUGGGGUUUUCCUGUGAUUUCACAUUAAAUCUCCAACCCAAGUAGCUGCAGCAGACUUUGCUGGGUCUCGCAGGAAGGCUCAGUAAUCACCAGUUUGCUGACACAGCUCACAUUCUGACAUCGGAGAUGACAAAUUCCUUCGGAUCUUAUAGGUGAAGAAUACUUUGUGAACGCCAGAAAAAAAUCUUUUGGAAUACGUAGGAUCAUAUGAAGGGUCUCAAGGGACCUUUGCUGAAAAGAAAGUUAAAAUUUAGCUUAACAGUGAAGCUGUACUGUUCUCCUGUGUCUAAGGAACUUUUGCUGAGUAAUCCCAAAUAUGUAUUCUGGGAGAAACACGUUGUCGCCCUCGAACUGGAGAGUCCGACUCAGAUCUCGCUGGUUGAUGAGAUCUCCGGGGAGAAAGAGGAUGUCAUGGUGACCCUGCUCCCAGCGGGGCAUUGCCCCGGCUCCGUCAUGUUCCUCGUAGAGGGCGACCGAGGCACGGUGCUGUACACAGGGGACUUCCGGCUGGCUGUGGGCGAGGUGUCCAGGAUGGAGUUCCUGCACUCUGGCAGCAGGGUGAAAGACGUCCAGAGUGUUUAUCUGGAUACGACUUUCUGUGAUCCCAAGUACUUCCAAAUACCAAGCAGGGAGGACUGCUUGGAUGGCAUUAAGGAGUUGGUGAGGUCAUGGAUAUCUAUCAGCACCUACCAUGUGAUUUGGCUUAACUGCAAGGCAGCCUAUGGCUACGAGUACCUGUUCACGCACCUCAGCGAGGAGUUUGGAUGUCAGGUCCAUGUGAAUAACCUGGACAUGUUCAGGAAAAUGCCGGAUAUCCUGUGUCACGUGACCACCAACCGAGCCACACAGAUCCACGCGUGUAGGCACCCCACGGUACCAAGCCUCGCCGGGAUCUCCCGCUCGCUCUCCUGCCCGCUCAGGCUCAUGAUCCUACUCGCUCUCCUGCCCGCUCAGGCUCAUGGUCCCGCUCGCUCUCCUGCCCGCUCAGGCUCAUGGUCCCGCUCGUUCUCCUGUUCGCUCAGGCUCAUGGUCCCGCUCGCUCUCCUGCCCGCUCAGACUCAUGGUCCCGCUCGCUCUCCUGCCCGCUCAGGCUCAUGGUCCCGCUCGUUCUCCUGUUCACUCAGACUCAUGGUCCCGCUCGCUCUCCUGCCCGCUCAGACUCAUGGUCCCGCUCGCUCUCCUGCCCGCUCAGACUCAUGGUCCCGCUCGUUCUCCUGUUCGCUCAGGCUCAUGCUUCACUUGUGCUCACGCUCCCGGUUACUGACGCUUAUGCUGCCACCCACUCACGUUACCAGCUACUUACGCUCCUGUCUGCUUCUGCUCACGCUUCCUCUUGCUCACACUGCCAGCUACUCAUAUUCCUGCCCGCUCCUGUUCACGCUCCCUCCCGCUCAUGCUCCCAACUACUCACGCUCCCACCCUCUCAUGCUCACGCUCCCUCCCGCUCACGCUCCCACCCACUCAUGCUCACGCUCCCGCCCACUUACACUUGUGCCUACUCCACUUGCGCCCGCUUAUCCUCCCUCCCACUCAUGCUCCUGCCCGCUCCUGUUCCCGCUCCUGUUCCGCUCCCACAUUCCUGCCCACCCGCUCACGCCCCCCCACCUCAUGUCGGGCCAGGAUGAAGAGUUCUUCAGAACCAGCCGCCUGCCAUGUGGGAUGACGGGCCCGGACGGCACGCCCCUGCACAUCAUCAGCGUCAAGCCCUCCACCAUCUGGUUUGGUGAGAGGUCCAGGAGGACCAGCGUUGUUGUGAAAACAGGAAGAAGCUCCUACAGAGCCUGUUUUUCCUUUCAUUCAUCUUAUUCGGAGCUCAUUGAUUUUCUCUUGCAUUUGUGCCCUGUCAAUAUCCACCCAAAUGUCAUCCCUGUGGGCAGAAAUGUACAGGAAGUUAAAGACAUAUUAAAACCCAUGUGUCGUGAAUAUUCCGGAAGGACGGGGAUUAUCUACAAGCCACUCGGCAUUCUCAAGAGAGCGAGAGUGGACUAUACCGUGGAAGGUACUGCAGAUUCCGACAGUGACAGCGAGCUGUUUGAUGAUGAAGAGCUUAUGCCUUGGAGGAGGAAAUUCCCACAGUCGUUUCAGCUCCUGCCUCUGGAAGCCCCAGACCCAGAGGGGGCUCCUCGCUUCGUAGGCGGCCAGCCCGACAUGCAGGAGGACCAGACACCCGUCCUCCAGCCCGGGAGCUACAUGGACUGCACCGAAUCUAAUGACGAUGACGACGAGCAGGAAGAGGAGGAGUUUCCGGAUCCUGCGGGUCCCAAGGGGGCAGAGCGAGAGUCGCCCAGGUGGGAGGCCUUCUUCACGGCAGAGCAGGUGAUGACGGACGAGAGCUCGGAGCCUGAGAAUAGUCAGAACAGCCGGACACACCCGGCGGGGGAGACGGGCUCGCUGUCGCCGAAGCUGUUCAGUGACUCAGAUGACGACUCCAACCAUGACCCCACCCAGUCCAUCCCUGCGCCUGAUCCCAGGUCUGAAGCCGGGGGCCAGGACUCAGUGACGGGGCAGUAAGGAGCUUCACACCCAGACCGCCCCUGCCCCCCCCCCCUAGUAAAGCACAAAAGCAGAGGUUCUCAGUAUUAUCAGAAUCUGGUAAGAACUGGACACUGACGGCAAAUUUGAGGAUAAAGGUGUUAGAUAUCUGCCGGUUCAUCAGGGCACAAUGCAGACCACUGACAGACAUCCUGACUGUUUGUUUUUAUCUGACCUCAUUUAUUUUACAAAGGCUGAAUAUGAUUAAGCUAUUCAUAAAGAUUAUUAAUAAAGAUGCUUAAUCUUGUGAAGGGUAUCAAAGCAGGUUUUUCGUACCAUACAUUUUUAACAUUUUCCAAACAUUAAUAUAUUUCCAUAACAGAAAUAUGUCACAUAUUUACCUUCUCACUGUUCUCUGUAACUUUCCGUUAUUUGUUAUUUUGCAGCUUUUGUGUCAUUCUCUACUCUCAUUCCCCAGGCUGCUGUGUUUCAUUGUUUGAUUGUUUGAAUUUAUUUUUAGUUCCUUCAAAUAAACUUGUUUUGAAAAUUUGGCA